UGAUUAUGUCUUCCGGGAACUUUUAAUUUGAAAACCAAGCCUCAGUAGCGGAAGCGUCACUAGCCGCUAAUUUCACUGAGCUAAGGCGGAUCCCCUUCUCUUUAACGUCUUUGAAACUUUGUUCUGAAUCAAAUAUCCAGCCUGUUAAUAAUCACACUCAUCAGUGACAUCCCGACAGAAGGGAAAGGAGACAUGGGGGACAAGGAGCUGAUGUGGGCUUUGAAAAAUGGUGAUUUGGACGAGGUGAAAACGUUACUGAAAAAGGAUGAGGAUGUUAAUCGGACGCUGGAGAGUGGUAGAAAGCCCCUGCACUACGCUGCAGACUGUGGCCAGGCUGAGAUGGUGGAGUUCCUGUUGUCUAAAGGAGCAGAUGUGAACGCUGCAGACAAACACGGCAUCACUCCAUUGCUUUCUGCCACUUACGAGGGUCACCUGUCCUGCGUCAAAAUCUUACUAGAGAAGGGUGCUGAUAAGGAGAGAAAGGGACCAGACGGGCUGAGUGCGUUCGAGGCAGCAGAGAGCGAUGCCAUUAAAUCCCUGCUGAAAUGAGGCUGCGCUCUCAGACCUGCAGCUCCGAGGUGCAAACAGACGCCCGGCUGCCACCAGACAGAUCACACACUCAUGCACACGUCUACGCCUCUGCCCGGUGGCCGCCUCGUCUUCUGGGUUUUCUUUGUGUUCCAUAUUUCCCUUUUUUUUUUUUUUUUUUUUUUGUGGGAGUGGGUGUAUGAUUACUCUGCUAGCAUAUCUGAAUUUAGCGGACCUCUCAAUCAGUCCUGCCAUCCCCACAUAGCCACUGGCUGUGAGGAAGCAGUUCAUCUUCACUCCUGUCUGCCACUAAAACACACACUUCUUUACCAAACGAAGCAUUUCCCAUCUCGCAAACAACGAUCCCCAGCGACCGAAUCCGCAGCAAAUAACCAUGUAAAUGUGUUUUUGUACUGUAAGACUGAAAGAAGCUGGUUUUUAAAUUUAGAUAAAAAAGAAUUUAGAUGUCUAAUGCCUAGUCCCAUAUGUGAUCAGGGGUGGCAUAUGGGACUAGCGGAGUGGCACAUAUAUAAUUAACCAUUCUCCCAGUGGAAAGAUAAACUACAACUACUUCCUGUAAAAAAAAUAUAUAUAUAUAUAUAUA